AUGGCAUACGGCGGUAUGCUGGUAUUGGACCCCUAUACGACCAUGGCAGAAUCCUACAACACCAUAUCAGCCAUGAGAAAUCACACUCUGACAUAUACGCCGGGCUUCGGCUACUACGAGCCUCUCCCAGAAACCGGUCCCAUGCCGUCCGGGCGUUAUAGCGGCAAUUCACAGUACGGAGGAUCUCAGUCUGCCGACUCGCAGCAUGCCAGUUCGCACCAGACUUACGCAUCCACCCACUUCCGAACGUCCCUGGGAACCUUGGACUAUACUCCUUCCAUGGGAGGCCCGAAGUUCGGCGACACGCGCCAGAGGUUGGGUUACACAGCAGAGAAACCAUGUAAAGUCGUUGUUACGUCUAUACAGCAUAAAGCGCGCCAGAGCGAAGUGGCCAACUGGAUCCGUCACCAAGUAGGGGAAUAUUCAUUAGCCAUAACUGGAAUUGAUAUUCCAUUGGUCGAGCCCAAAGGGCGGAUACGUGGGCAUGCGUUUAUUACCUUGACGAACCCGACUGCCGCCGAAGCGGCCGUUCGUAUACUGGACCAGAAACUCUUUCAGGGACGAGUUGUAUCAACCAAGCUCACGACAGAAGGCGUAACUGAUGCGGAACGAUCCAAGGCUGCUAAGGACCCAAGAUCAAGACACCACCGUUCCGAAUCGUCCAAGGAAACGGGCAGAUCCACACGACAGCUUGACAAAUCACAUAGAGACGAUGCCAAUGACCAAAAGCCCCGAAGCCGGACCUUUCACUCCUCACCUUCACCGUCGACACGAGACAGCUCAACCAGUAAAGCCACUGAAGAUACAAUCAAAUCCACUGGACCAGUCAUCGCCCAUGGGUCAUCGACCCGGAAAAAGACGAUGAAAGAAAAGUAA